GAGGCGUAGCCAUUGGCUGAACUACAACUUCUAGCAGCCCUUCACACAUCUCGCGCGUGCGCAUGGCCUUGGUCCGGUCGCACUUUGCCGUUGUCGCCGUAGGUGUGUGUUGAGGGGGGAAGGGAGUGAGCGAACGCGGCGGUGAGGAGGGGUAUGAGAGUUGAGAGUUCAACCGUCGUUGUCCCUGCUAGCUUGCACUCAUGAUUCCUAUAUGCCCGGUAGUUUCUUUCACCUAUGUGCCCAGCCGCCUGGGAGAAGAUGCCAAAAUGGCCACCGGCAACUACUUUGGAUUCACCCAUAGCGGGGCUGCUGCCCAGUAUAGCCAGCAGCCAGCUUCGGGUGUAGCUUAUUCCCAUCCAACUACAGUUGCCAGCUACACUGUCCACCAGGCACCAGUUGCUGCGCACACUGUCACUGCAGCCUAUGCUCCAGCAGCAGCUACAGUUGCAGUAGCCAGGUCUGCUCCAGUAGCUGUUGCAGCUGCUGCAACAGCUGCUGCUUAUGGAGGCUAUCCUACAGCGCACACAGCUACAGAUUAUGGUUAUACACAGAGGCAACAAGAAGCUCCACCACCACCACCUCCUGUCACUACGCAGAAUUACCAGGAUUCCUAUUCUUAUGUUCGAUCUACUGCCCCAGCUGUAGCUUAUGACAGCAAACAAUACUAUCAACAACCAACAGCAACUGCUGCGGCUGUGGCUGCUGCUGCCCAGCCUCAACCUUCAGUGGCUGAGUCAUACUACCAGACAGCUCCAAAAGCAGGAUAUAGCCAAGGGACAACUCAGUAUACCCAAGCCCAGCAAACGCGACAAGUGACAGCUAUAAAACCUGCAACCCCAAGUCCAGCAACAACUACAUUUUCUAUAUAUCCAGUAUCCUCUACUGUGCAGCCGGUAGCAGCUGCAGCUACUGUUGUUCCAUCGUAUACUCAAAGUGCAACAUACAGUACAACAGCGGUUACUUACUCUGGUACCUCUUAUUCUGGCUAUGAAGCUGCAGUAUAUUCAGCUGCAUCAUCCUAUUACCAGCAGCAGCAGCAAAAACAGGCAGUGGCAGCAGCUGCUGCUGCUGCAACAGCUGCUUGGACAGGGACCACCUUUACUAAAAAGGCACCAUUCCAAAAUAAGCAACUGAAACCAAAGCAACCUCCCAAACCGCCCCAGAUCCACUACUGUGAUGUUUGCAAGAUCAGCUGUGCUGGACCACAGACUUAUAAAGAACACUUAGAAGGCCAGAAACACAAAAAGAAAGAAGCAGCAUUAAAAGCUUCCCAGAACACCAAUAACAGUGGUACUUCUGCUCGUGGAACUCAGAAUCAGUUGCGCUGUGAGCUUUGUGAUGUGUCUUGUACAGGAGCAGAUGCUUAUGCUGCCCAUAUCCGUGGAGCCAAACAUCAGAAAGUAGUAAAGUUGCAUACAAAACUUGGCAAACCUAUUCCUUCAACUGAACCAAAUGUGGUUACCCAAGCUGCUACUUCAACAUCCACAUCUGCUUCUAAACCAACUGCCUCUGCUUCAAAUAUAGCAACUAGCAGCAGUACUGUGAACUCCUCUGUUGCAUCCUCUGCAGUGAAAAUUCUUACUCCCACAGCAAAUGCACCACUUAACACUGUGUCCAACAGCAAAACAUCUUCAACUGCUGCUAAUAUAGCUGUAAAGAAAAUAUCUCCACCAAAAAUAAACUUUGUUGGUGGUAAUAAACUUCAGACGACAGGAAGUAAACUGGAAGAAAUGAAAUCAGCUGAAAGUGUUAAAGCAACAACUGCUGCUACAAUACAAACACAGGAAGUAAAACCAGACACAGCAGCUGGACCAGUGACACCUACAACUCUUGCUGUCUUGCAAAGUGAUGUCCAGCCAGUGGGCCAUGACUAUGUGGAGGAGGUAAGAAAUGAUGAAGGAAAGGUGAUCCGCUUUCACUGUAAACUUUGUGAAUGUAGUUUUAAUGAUCCUAAUGCCAAAGAGAUGCACUUAAAAGGGAGGCGGCACAGACUUCAGUAUAAGAAAAAAGUAAACCCAGAUUUACAAGUAGAAGUAAAGCCCAGUAUUCGAGCAAGAAAAAUUCAAGAAGAGAAGAUGAGGAAACAGAUGCAGAAAGAAGAAUACUGGAGAAGGCGAGAAGAGGAAGAACGCUGGAGGAUGGAAAUGAGGCGAUAUGAAGAGGACAUGUACUGGAGGAGAAUGGAGGAAGAGCAACAUCACUGGGAUGACCGUCGUAGAAUACCAGAUGGAGGCUAUCCUCAUGGUCCUCCAGGACCUCUAGGCCUGCUGGGAGUUAGACCAGGAAUGCCUCCUCAGCCCCAAGGACCAGCCCCUCUACGUCGCCCUGACUCCUCUGAUGACCGCUAUGUGAUGACCAAACAUGCGGCUAUAUAUCCAACAGAGGAGGAACUUCAAGCAGUCCAAAAAAUUGUUUCUAUUACUGAGCGUGCUUUGAAACUUGUUUCUGACAAUAUGUCUGACCAUGAAAAAAGCAAGAGCAAAGAGGGAGAUGACAAAAAAGACAGCAGUAAAGACAGAGCUUUGAAAGGAGUUUUACGGGUGGGCGUUUUGGCUAAAGGUUUGUUACUCCGUGGAGACCGAAAUGUCAAUCUUGUUUUGUUAUGUGCUGCAAAGCCUUCAAAGAUGUUACUUGGUUUUAUUGCUGAAAGUCUUCCCAAACAACUUGCAGUAAUAAGUCCCGAGAAAUAUGAUAUCAAGUGUGCAGUCCCAGAAGCAGCAAUAAUUUUAAAUUCAUGUGUGGAACCCAAAAUGCAAGUUACUAUCACACUGACAUCUCCAGUCAUUCGGGAGGAGAACAUGAGGGAUGGAGAUGUAACCUUGGGUAUGGUGAAAGACCCACCGGACGUCUUGGACAGGCAAAAAUGCCUUGACGCUCUGGCUGCUCUACGCCACGCUAAGUGGUUCCAGGCUAGAGCUAAUGGUCUGCAGUCCUGUGUGGUUAUCAUACGUAUUCUUCGUGACCUCUGUCAGCGGGUUCCAACUUGGUCUGAUUUUCCAAGCUGGGCUAUGGAGUUGCUUGUGGAAAAAGCAAUUAGCAGUGCUACUGGACCACAGAGUCCUGGGGAUGCACUAAGAAGAGUUUUUGAGUGUAUAUCUUCAGGAAUCAUCCUUAAAGGUGGUCCUGGCCUUCUAGACCCUUGUGAGAAAGAUCCUUUUGAUACACUUGCUGUGAUGACAGAUCAGCAACGAGAGGAUAUUACUUCAAGUGCACAGUUUGCGCUGAGACUCCUUGCAUUCCGUCAAAUACAUAAAGUUUUAGGAAUGGAUCCAUUACCACAGAUGAAUCAACGCUUCAACAUCCAUAAUAAUCGUAAAAGAAGAAGGGACAGUGAUGGGGUUGAUGGAUUUGAAGCAGAGGGAAAAAAAGACAAAAAAGAUUAUGAUAACUUUUAAAAACACUUGUCAUUAGUGAUAAGAUUGAAGGUGAUAAAAAAUCCAUUUGUUGCCUUGAUUUUAAAUGGACAUAAUAAUGUAUGUUUAAAAUAUCUAAAAACAACUCAGUAAUUAGAUUUGGAAGAGAAAAAUAUAGCUCUUGUGUGAGAUUCUGAAUAUUUUAAUGAUAUACUGUAUCAGACAGAUUAUGGAUGGAAAGACUGCAAAUGGAAAGUGUCAUUGGAAAAAAUAGUGUUUUUUCCUCAUUAUAUUUUCUUUAAAUGUGUUGCUAACUUUAGUCUCCGUCUCUCUCUCUCGUGCAUUGUUUUAUCUUGACUGUAUUUACUGUAUUUAAUGCAGCGUUUGUGCUUCUGUUCCUGUGUAUUUUGAUUUUUUUUUUUUUAUUUAGAAGGGUUUUUUGUUUGUCUUUGACACUAGUUGUAUAAGUUACAUUGUGUUAGCAUAAAUUGUUGCCCUCCCAAUUAAUAUUUUACAGAACUUCAUUUUGUAAAGUGAGACUGCAUGAUUAUGUUUUUGCUUUUGUUUUCCUAAAUGUGAAGGGGUUGCAACACAUAAUUAUCCUGCCAUUUGAGUGCUCAGAAUUAAAUGUUUUUGCCAAUCUUCUGGCAUUUGUCUCUUUAGUGUGAUAUAGAGUGUGAUACAGUGUGAUAUUAAGACAAAUUUUUGUUAAUCUAAUCAACUUUGCUGUUAGUUGUGUAUUAGCAGUAUAAAAGCCAAUAUAUACAGUAUGGUCUUGCAACAGUUUUAAAGCAGCUGCAGAAUUGAUCAAAGUUUUGCAUGAUGUUUUGGGUUUUUUUAAUGUAAUUGCUUUUAAAACUAUCAUUUUAGGUUAAAUGCGUAGGUCUUUCUAUGAUUGACUUUGUGACAUAUCAAGGUCAAAAUAUAACUUUCUGAAUUUCCUUUUUCAACAUACAAGCAGAAGCAGACAUUUCCAAUUUAGACAAAGUUAGUAAUUAUUUUCAGUCCACUUUGUUGAUAUUAAUGCCUCUCAGCCCUUAAAAUAAACGUUUGUCAUAUCAGUGCCUGUAAGAGUAUUCCUUAUAGCUAUUUCUGUAUAAACUCUCAGUGAUUUUUUUUCAAUAAUUCAAAAUUUAAAAAGUGAAGUAUAACCAAAAAAGUGAACAUUAUUAAAAGAAAAAAGUAACCCUGAAAAUUGUUUGAUAUAUGCCUAUGUCUCUUUCAAAAAGCUAAGUAUAGCAAUGGCGUAGUAAUGCUACACCAUGCUGUUGAUAUAUGCUCUGGUACAAAGGUGUGAUUUGUUGUCACAGCACUACUGUGGAAUAUGCAACUAAAAGCUAAAAUGUAUUAAAUUACUAAAAUUCAUUAUACACUUGAAAUUGAAGUUUCCCUCAUUGUGUUCACUGUGUAUUCUGCUUUAUUGCAAACCCAUAAACUUGCAGAUAAACAUAGACUAACAUUCUGGUAACUAUUGAUUGCUGUAGGAGUGUAUCACACAUUACUAAGAUCGUUUGUUAUUUCUGGUACAAUUAAAAAACCUUUUUGUUCCAUUUUGAGGUUGAAUUUAUCUUUGACCUUUUUAAUAAAUACCUCUUGGAAUAGGGGGGUGUUUUUGUUUGCAAUGCUUACUACUAACAGCAUGGGCCUGUGAAAUAAAAAUAUACAGUAUUAUAGAAGAAUAGAGCGAAUCUUAAGGAAAUAUAUUAAUAGUAUUCUUCAAGCAUUAGAGUACAGUUUUAAAAGGAGUGGUUAUUAGUGGAUAGCAAAUAAAAGGAAGGAUUUCUCAUUGUAGGAAAGAUUUCUUACCAAUUUCAGCAUCAGAAAUACAAUAAUUAAUGCAUGCUUUAAAAUGACUUUAAAAAAGGAUUAUGCUAGUUUCUUUUGUCUAGCCUUGAUGUGUGGCUCCAAGCAUGUGCUUGGUCUUGGUGGGUAUUGGUUGUUUGGGUUUUUUUGGUUGCUUGGUUGUUUUUUUAAAAUGGAUAUCUUGCUGCCAUGGUGUCUAAUAAGCCAUUACUGUUUAUUUUGAAAGCUACAGGUGCUGUUCAUGCAGCUAAUUCAAUUCCAUACCAAAGUUUCUUUCUCCCUAAAACAAGCAUGUUUAUUCGGGCAUGUGAUUGACCCUAAAAUUUAAGAUUAAAAAGGUCAAAGAUGUAUUUUGGAUUUCCUGUGGUUUUGUUCUACUGGCUUUUAACUCUUAAGCAGUUUCUGGGUCUUUUGAACUAUUGUAUACUUAAAGUCAUUCCACAUUAAAUAUGAAGCUGUGACUAUGAUUUUUGCACUGUGUGGUGAAGAGUGAAUUUGCAGUUUAUUUCUGUUUUACCUGCCCAUUUUAAUGGGCUAUUUUAACUAUGUAACUUCUGACUCUUGUUAAGCUAAGAAUAAUGGAAAAACAAGGUUUUAAAAAGUACAGCGUGAGCUUUGUUUUUAAAUAUUACAUUGUGUGCUUAGGAAGAUAAAGCUAAGACCAAGUUUUUUUCAAUUUACAAACAAAUAAUCAUUUUAAUACCCUAUGUUUUGAUAAUGCUAGUGGUUUGCUAAUAAACAGUGUUUGCAUUUCUUAUU